GUCGGAUAUCCAAGAGAACAAAAAAGAUUAUUAAAAAUAGUAAAAAAAAUAAAAUAAAAAUCCCACUAUUUUCUCACAAUUCACACCUACCCCGCAAUUUGAAGAACAAAGAAUGCUGUCUUUUUUCAAUUUUGAGUCAAUUUUGUAGCAAACUAGAAUGCGUUCACUUCAGCCUGGUUGAAAAUGUCAGCUGAUAAAAUGCAUUUACCACUCAAAUUUAUUCUAAUUUGUUUCCUAUCAUCGUAUAUUCUUGCUUCAGAAAUAGAAUCAGUGAGAAAUCGCAUCGUCCCACAUGCAAAUUCAGCUCGAACUUUCAAGAAAGUUCAAAAUUUCACAGAUUCUAGCGAAAAGUUGGAAUCUUUGCAGAAAUCUCAGGUGAUUCUGAGCUGGAACGCCACAAUUUCAAGCGAGAACAGGACUUUCAAAGUGGGAUUUUUCUCCCCGAAUGAUGAAUAUUGGUAUUUUGGGAUUUGGUAUGCUUCAAUCCCGAUUCCAGCAUAUAUCUGGGUCGCAAACCGCGAUAAACCCAUCAAGAAUUUGCCGUCGGCAGCUGCGGAGAUCACCGACGACGGCAAGUUGGCCGUGGUAGAGCAAGAUUCAAGAAACAUUAUGUGGGAAUCGAACAAUGUCGAAGAAGGAAGUGAUUUGAGGCUGUUAGAGCAAGGGGAUUUGCUGCUGUUGAGCAGUGACGGCCGGAUCGUGUGGCGGAGCUUCGAUUUUCCGACGGACACGUGGCUUCCCGGCAUGAACUUGACGGCGGAGCGGCGGCUGACUGCUUGGAGGAGCUCAGUUGAUCCCGCUCCGGGCAGGUAUUCUCUGCGGUUGAAUCCACCUUAUUAUGGUGAAAUUGCACUUGUUUAUAGUAAUGAUAAUGAUAGUAGUGUUGGUGAGAAUAAUCUUUUUACAUAUUGGACUACUGGAAAUUGGAGUGGAAAUGCAUUUGCUGGUGUGCCUCAAAUGACAAUUCCAUACAUAUAUAGGUUUGAAUUUGUAGAUCCUUUUACUCCAAUGGCGACCUUCGGCUACACGGAGGUGCCGUUGGAGAGUGGGAUGAAGCCUCCAUUGACGAGGUUUGUCCUCGAUCAUAUGGGGCAGCUGAAGCAGUUUACAUGGUCUCCACCGAGUGAAGUGUGGAACACUUUUUGGUCGCAGCCAGAUAAUAUAUGUAGAGUGUAUGCAUUGUGUGGGAAUUUGGGGUUGUGCAAUGGCAACCCUCUGAGUCCUUGUCAAUGCUUGAACGGUUUUAGGCCGUUGAGUAGUGUUUCGUGGAGUAAGGAUGAUUUUGCAGAUGGUUGUUUGCGCGAAGGUGAUGGUACAUGUAGUGAGAGUGAUAAGUUUGAGGAAGUUGGAGGCGUGAGUCACGAUAGAACGAUGGUUGUGUCGUUCAGUGGUAGUAGGAGCGAGUGUGAGAGUGCGUGCUUGAAGAAUUGUUCUUGCGUAGGUUUGUAUCAUAACUCGGAUAGUAACUUGUGCAAGAAUCUGUAUGGUUCUCUUUUGAACUUGCGUAAUGUUACUUCUGAUAACAAGAUUAAGGAUAACUUGUGUGUGAGGGUGGAGACGGUUGGUGCCGGCAAGAAGAGGAAGACAAAGAGCAAGGAGACGACUCUUUUGAUUGGAAUGAUAUGUGGGUUUCUUGUGAUUCUGAGUGUAGGAACUGUAAAUGUGUAUUUGAGAAGGAGAAAGAUUAUGAGAAGGAAGAGAGAAGACAACGGUGGGUAUCUAGUUACGAAUCUAAGGGUGUUUUCUUAUAAAGAGCUCCAUGGUGUGACUAGGGGUUUCUCAGUGAAGUUAGGUCAUGGAGGGUUUGGAGCGGUUUUUCAAGGCGUGUUGUCGGAUUCCGCUGCCGUGGCUGUGAAGCGUCUUGAGAGGCCUGGUGGUGGUGAGAAGGAAUUCAGAGCGGAGGUGUGCACUAUUGGAAAUAUUCAGCAUGUUAAUUUGGUGAGAUUAAGGGGAUUUUGUUCCGAAAACUCGCACCGUCUCUUGGUUUAUGACUACAUGCCAAAUGGACCACUUAGCAUGUACUUGAAACACGGUAGUCAGAGUCUGAGUUGGGAUGUGAGGUUUCGGAUUGCUGUUGGGACAGCGAGAGGGAUAGCUUAUUUACACGAAGAGUGUCGACACUGCAUCAUACAUUGUGAUAUAAAGCCUGAGAAUAUACUAUUAGAUGAGAAUUUUUCGGCUAAGGUAUCGGAUUUUGGCUUGGCGAAGUUGAUCGGGAGAGACUUUAGCAGGGUGCUGGCAACCAUGCGGGGCACAUGGGGGUAUGUUGCACCGGAGUGGAUCUCUGGCGUUGCGAUCACGUCGAAAGCUGAUGUGUAUAGCUACGGGAUGACGUUAUUGGAGUUGGUAGGUGGCAGGCGCAAUGUGGAGGGACCGCCUUCUGCUGGUGGAGGUGGAGAGAGUGAGAAGGAGAAGUGGUUUUUCCCGCCUUGGGCGGCACGCCAGAUAAUUGAGGGAAACGUUGCGGCAGUCGUUGACCAGAGGCUUGGCCGCGCGUAUGAUGAGGCGGAGGCGGCGCGUGUCGGAUUAGUUGCCGUGUGGUGCAUACAGGACGAUGAAUCUACUAGACCGACGAUGGGGAUGGUGGUGAAAAUGCUGGAAGGAGUGGUGGAGGUCUCCAUUCCACCUCCUCCAAAGCUGCUUCAAGCAUUGGUUUCCGGUGAAUCCUUUCAAGGCGUCGUGCCUGAUUCGGGGAGAAGGGCUCCACAGCUGGAUGGUGGCAGUUUUGAUGCUAACUCCUCGAUCUCCAUAGACUCGAAGGAUUCCAAAUCAUCGCAAUAACUUCUCUUCGUUGUGUUUUCACAUGUUGAGUGACAACCUAUUGAUAACAAUUUGAACAGGGUUAGCAGUGGAUGCUUGAAAGACACGAUCGAGUCUUUCAAUGGCGAAGCAGGACUGACCCUUUACUGGGCUGCUGUCACAUUGGACAAGCUACGAUCUUCGAGAAGCCUAUGAGACAUGCUAUGAACACAGUGGCGAAGUGACAACCGGCACAAGGAGAGAUGGUAAACUAGUUGUUCUGCUGCAGCUUCGCUGAUGUAUAUAUAUUGCUUCUUGCAACUGUUUAGGCUUUAGCUUAAGAUGCUGUUAUGAUCAUAUGAAUCCUCAAACUUUUUAUCUUAUAUUAUGAUUAAGUGUUUUUUA